AUGACAGACCAGGAUAACUCGUACAGACCCCGAUCGCCGGAUUUCUCAAGCUUCCCCGGAACCCUCCGUAUCCCCCCCAGUCCUUACGGACCAGCCCCAUACCCUCUCAACAGCCCGCUGGCACACAGGGCUUCCUACGACGCGUCCCCGUUCUUCAGCCCUCAAGACGCCCAGCCCCAGCUCCUACCGCAACUCCAACGCCCGGCACCAUCGUACGUCGAACCAUCUUUUGAUACAAACUUCCCCCAGAUGCCACCACAAACGAGAUCACAGUCUGUAACUGCAGCUGCGGGGCAGCAGCACCAGCAGCCGCCGCCCGUAGAGUGGCAUACAGCGCCAGAGCCCCCCGCAGAGAGCCAGCCGAUGAAAAUGGGGAGGACCACCCCGUCACGAGCUUCUGGGGGAGUCGAAGUCAAAACAAAGUUUCCUGUAGCUAGAAUAAAGCGAAUCAUGCAGGCCGAUGAAGAUGUUGGGAAGGUUGCCCAAGUUACACCUAUUGCUGUUUCCAAGGCCCUCGAGCUCUUUAUGAUAUCCCUUGUCACGAAAGCUGCCCAAGAGGCCAAGAAUCGGUCUUCGAAGCGUGUGACUGCAGCGCAUCUCAAGGAAGCUAUUGGGAAGGAUGAGGUUCUCGAUUUUCUUGCAGAUAUCAUUUCUAAGGUGCCCGAUCAGUCAACGGGUGGGAAGAAGGAUGACGAUGGAAGUGACCAUAAUGACGGACGUAGGAAAAAGGGAGGUGGGCGACGAAAGAAGGAAGACUGUGAUGAUUUCUGA